UGUGGGCCUAAUACAAACAAACACAAGAAACAUGAAUUACCACAUUUAUCCUACACAUCUCUUUCUUGCAAUAAUCCUCUCAUUUUCGUCACAGUUCACAGAAAAUCUCUCUCUUUCUCUCAUGAGAAGUUGCUAAGAAGGGGCAUUACUUGGUCAGUGUUGGUGGAGAUUAUUGACUGCUUACUAUCCGAAUGAUCAAGUUUGCAAGGCCGACAAAUGGAGAAAGGCCCUAUACUAUUGAUCGGGUUUCUACUGUUUUGUUGCUUUGGAGCAAUAGCAGAUGCAGAGUACAGAUUAUACAAAGACCCCAAAAAGCCCCUAAAUCGAAGAAUCAAGGACCUGUUAAGAAGGAUGAGCUUAGAGGAAAAGAUAGGCCAAAUGGUGCAAAUCGAACGAGCUGUGGCAUCAGCUGAAGUCAUGAAGAAGUACUACAUAGGGAGCGUGUUGAGUGGUGGAGGUAGUGCUCCAGCUCCUCGGGCAUCUCCUAAGGCUUGGGUGGAUAUGGUGAAUGGUUUUCAGAAAGGAUCAUUGUCGACCCGUCUUGGCAUACCAAUGAUUUAUGGGAUUGAUGCAGUUCAUGGCCACAACACCGUUUAUGGGGCUACUGUUUUCCCCCAUAAUAUUGGUCUUGGAGCUACUAGAGACCCUCAACUGGUCAAGAAAAUUGGAGCUGCAACUGCCCUUGAACUCAGAGCAACAGGGAUUCCUUACACUUUUGCACCUUGCGUUGCGGUCUGCAGAGAUCCAAGAUGGGGUAGGUGCUAUGAGAGCUAUAGUGAAGAUUCAGAGAUUGUUCAAGCAAUGACUGAGAUUAUACCAGGACUGCAAGGAGACAUACCUGCUAAUUCUCGACAGGGCGUUCCCUAUGUUGCUGGAAAAAAAAAGGUCGCAGCUUGUGCCAAACACUAUGUUGGCGAUGGUGGAACAACCAAAGGCAUCAAUCAAAACAAUACCGUGACUAGCAAACAUGGGUUGCUAAGCAUCCAUAUGCCACCCUAUGAUGAUUCGAUCAUUAAGGGUGUUGCAACAAUCAUGGUCUCUUAUUCAAGCUUCAACGGAAUAAAGAUGCAUGCUAACCGUGAUCUUAUUACUGGCUUCCUUAAGAAAACACUACGUUUCAGAGGAUUUGUCAUCUCAGAUUACAAGGGUAUCGACCAAAUCACAUCUCCAAUUCAUGCUAACUACACGUAUUCAAUUCUAGCAGGAAUUGGUGCUGGCAUUGACAUGGUCAUGAUUCCAAACAAUUACACAGAGUUCAUUGAUGGACUAACCUUCUUGGUGAAAAAUAACUUCAUCCCUAUGAGCCGGAUUGAUGAUGCCGUGAAAAGGAUCUUAAGAGUUAAGUUUAUAAUGGGACUGUUCGAAAAUCCACUAGCGGAUUACAGCAUGACCAAGUACUUGGGGAGCAGGGUGCACAAAGAACUGGCAAGGGAAGCAGUCAGAAAAUCUCUUGUGCUGCUAAAGAAUGGCGAGUCUGCAGAUGAGCCAUUGAUACCACUACCCAAGAGAGCAUCAAAAGUACUCGUUGCAGGAACGCAUGCUGACAAUAUCGGCAACCAGUGUGGUGGCUGGACUAUUGAAUGGCAGGGAAAAACUGGCAACAUUACAUCUGGUACCACAAUCCUUACUGCCAUAAAGAAUACUGUCGACUCCAAGACCAAAGUCAUUUUCCAUGAAAAUCCGGAUGCUAAAUACGUAAAGGCCAACGAGUUCUCUUACGCCAUUGUUGUUGUGGGGGAGCCACCAUAUGCAGAGGGAUAUGGAGAUAGCUUAAACUUGACACUACCCGAUCCCAGUUACAGUAUCAUCACAAACGUGUGUGCCUCACUGAAAUGUGUUGUCGUCCUGAUCACAGGCCGUCCGGUCGUGAUUCAGCCGUAUCUUGCACAAAUUGAUGCACUUGUAGCUGCAUGGCUUCCGGGAUCAGAAGGCCAAGGUGUGGCUGAUGUAUUGUUUGGUGAGUAUGGUUUUAGUGGUAAACUGCCACAAACUUGGUUCAAGACAGUUGAUCAGCUUCCUAUGAAUGUUGGUGAUCAGCAAUAUGACCCAUUGUUCCCAUUUGGAUUUGGGCUUACUACACAACCUACAAACAUAAGCUAAAUGAACAUUGCAGCACUCUGUCUGAGCAAAAUGCUGUCAUCUUUAGGACAAAUGUGAGUGAAGGACUCCAGUUACCUCUAAAUCCCAAUUUUGAUAAUUUAAGGUUAUUGUUGCAUUAAAAUGAUAUCAUGAUUUGGUACAAUUAUGAAAUACAUUCUUGUUGUUUGGGUUA